AUGCCGCUGUUUAAAAACUUUCGCAGCGGCCCAAAGGUCGUGGACAACGCGGCCAAUCUGGACCCGCACACCUGGACAUUGCCAUCGUCAUACAAGCCCUCCCAGCCAGACGGUAAACAAACAAUCAUUCCUGACCCAAGAGUUUUCUCAAACGUGUUUUCAAUCCCCUGCGAAACGGAAUCGCAAAGUAUUGAGACUCUGUUGGCGUACCCCGACGCGAGUCAUGCAGCUGUACAUCUCGCUCUGCUUGAGUGUUUUCGCAACCUGAAGGCUAGCGCGGGCGCUCUCAACAUUGAGGUCAUCCAACCACCUGCAUACGACGACACCAAGAGUCCAGUGCUAGCAUCGCCAUCGGAGCCAACGCAGCUUCCCGCAUCCCAAAAAUGGGACCUUCUCAUAAAACUCGCAGUUACACGAUUUACGACUUGGUGGUCUGGUAGUGAUCUAUUGCUGAACCAUGCGAGUGCCUACUCACACCAUGGAGGCACCCGUGCUGCUCUUCAGCUCACAAAGGACUAUCUGCCACCAUUGGACAUACUGCUCGUAUGGUACGCACUUAUGCUGAACCCGGAGGCUUAUGAAGCUGCUUGCAACGCCCAGGGUGCCAAUGCUACGCGCUUGAAAAACAUUUGCUUCCCCUGGCCUGCGAUCAGGGAUGUCAUCGAUAUGGACAAGAUGCAGCUUGUACUUCCUCGAUCCGCCCAGAAGCUGUUCACCAAUAUCACAUCUCAGCCAUGCGAUAUUCUUGAGUAUUUACAGACCCCCCCGGCAUAUGCAGACGCGGGCAAAGUGCGUAUCGAAACAGAUUUAUUCAGUGAAGUCAAGAGGCACGAGAAUAUCAUCGAGGAGUCUAAUAAGCUUCUGUGGAUACGCUCACCUGCCUUGCAAGGGUCCCUGAUUCGAGCGGGUUUGGAGUAUCUGGACUUUCACUUAAGGGAGCCCAAUGCAGUUGAAGAAGAGAUGGUUUGUCACCAGUCGUUCGGAGUCAGGCUUUUCUGGAGGACGCACCGCCUCUUUCCCAGACAGUACAAGGCUUUCCUGAAAGAAAUUGGUGGCAUGCAGUCAGAGCAAACGCAGGGGCAGGACUUGAAACGGGAUGCGAAGAUUUUGUUCGAUAUGGAUGACCCAUCUCCCAUACAGGAGCACUGCCAUUGCUGGACCUGCGAGCGCAUUCGCGACGAUCUCCCAGAAUUCGUCUACACAAAACCGUCAACAGCGGCAUCCUCCUCUACGAGCUUGACUACCAUGCAGAAACAAAUUUCUUCGUUAUCUGCUGAUACUUUACUUCAAAUACAAGAUGACCUUGGCUUCUGUCUUGCAGUCGAGGACGCUCGCAGAUCUGGGCUGCCAUUGCCAACUCGGCCACCAACUACUGCAUAG